UGCACCUGUGUGGAAGCUUCUGCACUGACUCGUCCAUGUGUGUGUUACAUGUCAGAUGUGUAUCUGUAGUAUGGAGCGUGUAGCAGCGUCACAUGACGUCCCCCGGACAGCAGCAGCAGCAGCAGCAGCCAGUUGUUGACGGCUGCUGAUGCAUUCAGUGAGGGGACACCGUGUUGGCCGGAUGUCAAAACUGCCGGGCAGGAGGCAGACCAGCACAGGUUGUUUCAGAGGUUGCCAGCAACAGGAUAAGGGCCUGUAGUGUCCACAGCCGGUCCUCACUUCCUGCCGGCUCAGUCCAGAGACAACGGCAUCAUGGCUGCUGAUGAAGAGUCCAAGAGGAUGAACGGUAGUGCCAGCGACUCAUCCCAAGACAUGCAGACGCCCAAAGAGAGCAUGCAGCUGAAGAAGGAGAUCUCGCUGCUCAAUGGAGUCAGUCUGAUCGUAGGAAACAUGAUCGGCUCUGGCAUCUUUGUCUCCCCAAAGGGUGUGCUCAUCUACAGCGCCUCUUAUGGCCUGUCGCUCGUCAUCUGGGUCAUUGGAGGUCUGUUCUCCGUGGUGGGGGCCCUCUGCUACGCUGAACUUGGCACAACUAUCACCAAAUCAGGGGCAUCUUAUGCAUACAUCCUGGAGUCAUUUGGUGGCUUUAUUGCAUUUAUCCGUCUGUGGACAUCUCUGUUGAUCAUUGAGCCCACCAGCCAGGCAGUCAUUGCCAUUACAUUUGCAAACUACCUGGUGCAGCCACUCUUUCCCACAUGUGAACCACCAUAUGCAGCAGCCAGGCUCAUCGCUGCAGCCUGUUUAUGCUUACUGACAUUCAUCAACUCUGCCUAUGUAAAGUGGGGCACCCGCGUGCAGGACAUUUUCACCUAUGCCAAGGUGGCAGCCCUCAUCGUCAUCAUCAUCACGGGCAUCGUCAAGCUGUGUCAGGGUUAUGUAUCCAACUUCGAAUCACCCUUUGAGGGGUCGUCUACAGAUCCUGGUGAUAUUGCGCUGGCGCUCUACUCUGCCCUCUUCUCCUAUUCCGGCUGGGACACCCUCAACUUUGUGACCGAGGAGAUUAAAAACCCUGAAAGGAACCUACCUCUGGCCAUCGCCAUCUCUAUGCCCAUAGUCACCAUCAUCUACAUCCUCACCAAUGUGGCCUACUAUGCUGUUCUGGAUGUUAGUGCUAUACUGGCCAGUGAUGCAGUGGCAGUGACUUUUGCAGAUCACACUCUGGGUGUGAUGAGCUGGACCAUCCCCAUCGCUGUGGCUCUGUCCUGCUACGGAGGCCUCAACGCCUCCAUUAUUGCUGCAUCCAGGUUGUUUUUUGUCGGCUCUCGCGAGGGCCACCUUCCAGAUGCUCUGUCCAUGAUCCACAUACAGAGAUUCACUCCGAUCCCCGCUCUGAUCUUUAAUUGUGUCAUGUCACUGAUCUACCUGACGGUGGAAGAUGUCUUCCAACUCAUCAACUACUAUAGUUUUAGCUACUGGUUCUUCAUGGGUCUGUCCAUCGCCGGGCAGAUCUACCUCCGCUGGAAAGAACCUGACAGACACAGACCACUCAAGCUGACUCUGUUGUACCCGGUGGUGUUCUGUCUGUGUGCCAUUUUCCUGGUGGCAGUUCCUCUCUACAGUGACACCGUCAACUCUCUGAUUGGCAUUGCCAUCGCGCUGUCAGGGGUUCCUGUCUAUUUCCUUGGUGUCCAUCUUCCAGAAUCCAGACGACCACCUGUGAUCACCAAGCUGCUGCGUUCUCUGACUCACUACACCCAGUACACCUGCUACUGUGUGCUGACGGAGAUGGACAAAAGUGAAUAACAUCUAAUACACUCGAAAACUUUACCCAGUAGUCUCUGCAGCCUCUCAGCUGACAGUCCCCACCAGCCCAGACGAGGGGUUCUGCUGUCAAACAAGAGAUUUCUCUUCAUGUUGCUACACUUUGUUGAAACACUCAGACGUCACUGACUUGUUUACAACACUGGAAAUGCUGCCACGCAAUGCACACGUUCACGUGCAGAACUGACCUGGAAUUCCAGGACCUUCAAGGACUUGAACUCCUAUGAAAAUGAGUACUGUUUUACUGCAUAUUAUGGAUAUUGAUUAAUUUCUAUGUAAUUCACUAUUUAAUGACCUCUAUGAUAAAGGAUUUGCCAUAUUAGUUUUACAGGUAAUUGUUUAAAUGCCUAUAGUAUGUGCCUGUGAGAUUUCACAGGUGCUGCACAUGACCACAGGGACUUGAUGCAAAUAUAUUUUAUAUAUGGAUUUAACUCAUUUGAACUGAAAGCUACCGUUUGAAGCAUGUGUGAAUGUGAUUAAUCUUGCCUGAGAAUUAAACUAUUGUAAAUAAUCUGUUCAUGCCACUUCCUAAAUGACCAACAGGAAGAAAAAUGUCUUUUGUUUGCUGCUAUGAAAAGAUUUUGAGUAAUCUUUGUAAUGCCUUUUUUCAUUUUAAUUCUUUUUGUUACAUGUUGAAAUAGAAACUUGGGUAUUUAAAUACUUUAGUAAAUGUCUCAAGUGUU